CGAAAGAAAACAGAAACAAACAAUAACAAACGCAUUACAAUAUAGCAACCAGUCGCAACACGAUAUCAAUAAAUUUCGCUGUUGCUGUCUGUCAUAGCAUUGCGGUUGUUUUUUUCGAAAAUGCUGAUGUUAAAAGUUGCUUCAGUGAGAGCAUCACGCAUGCCUAUUAUGUCGAUAUUCCAUAUUAUAUUUGAACUUCUAUUUCUAUUUGCUCUUCUAAGUGAUUGCUGGGCAAAGAAUCACGAAAGCAACUGCGAUGCAAUCUCGGAUGGCAGCAAUCCCAAUAAUAAAUCUUGUGUCAUUGAUCGCUCGGGUUUUGGUCCCAUUAAAGUCAUCGUUCAUGGCACCAAGAACGAUCCUUUUUGGCAACAAGUGAAAGCAGGAAUGGAACAAACCGCAAGGGACAUGAAAGUUGAUUUAGAUUUACUUCUGUAUGACGACGAAGAUCCCACGCUCGAUGCCUCGACGUUAGCAAAUGCCAUGGUGAACGACAUUCGAAAGUACGACUACCUGUACAAUGGUGCCGAACCAGACAAUGAUCGCCGCCAACGACGCCGUCGGAAUAGCUUUGCAGAUUUUACCAAUAGGGGAGAUGGGAAAAACCAAAAUGAAAACGAAAACGUGGAGCCACGUUGCGGUUUUGGCGGUUGUAAAUCAAGAAUAGAAGGCGGCCAAAUAAGUACAAAUGAUGCUCUCUCUCCCCGUCCGGCAGCAAUGAUUGUGAGCCUUCCAGGGAACUCAAAAGUAGAAGAUGCUCUCCGAAGCAUACAGAAGGAUAGCAACAACGACAUGCCAAUAUUUGGAAUCAACGCCCUCGCAAGCAACAGAGAAAACAGCAGUAUUGAAAAAGAGGGAUCAUCCUCUUUCUUUCUGGGGACAGUAUCGAUGAACGAGACCCAAGCCGGAGUCAUGGCUGGAAAUCAUAUCCGAGAGCUUUUGCUUUCAAGAGAGGAUAAAAUCGACGGCGCCGUUACCGGAUUGUACGUCAAUCAUCGAUCUGACGUCCAUGCCCUGAAGGAAAGAUUCGACGCACUUUCCUCAACCUCUAGUGACAUUGUUCAAACGUGGGAAGUGGCAUAUUUGGAAAAAAAUACCACCGAAGAAGAUUUCAUGGCUUUUUUUGAGGGAUGCAGACACACCGUCAUACAACUUGCGGGAGGGAGCGGUAUUGUCGAGUCAAUCCUUGAGGCGUUGGUGGCAAAUGGUUGCAAUAUUGAAGACAAUCAUAUUGUUGGUACUUUUGACACCUCAUCUCCCUUUAUUUACGAUGCCAUCACCGAGGGCACAAUUGACUUCGCCAUCGCUCAGCAACCCUAUUUGCAGGGAAGUCAUGCUGUGCUCAUGGCAGCUUUGUAUGCCACAACGGGACAGAAAUUGGUUGGCGGAGCAGAAGCUGCGAACAUUGAAACUGGUCCAAUUUUGGUAACCGAAGAGAGCGACGACUUUCCUGGAAAGCGACACCAAAUUUGUGAAUCCGAGGGAUAUCCCGUCUGUUGGCCUGGGACCGGUAGCAGUGAAAAAUCAGAGUGUCCAUGUACAGAUCGAUCCAAUAUUUCCAUUGCGGUCGUCACUCACGACGAAUCAUCAGAUUUUUGGAACACAGUGUUCUCUGGUAUUUCCCAAGCUGCAACCGACUUCGGCAUCUCGGUUGAAAGAAAUCGCUACAAGCGAGUUGGUCCCAACCAUGGACGGCAGCGACAGCAUGGGAAGCAGACAAACUUGCGUCUGAAGCACACCUUCGACAUCAAUCAAGCCUGCCAAUCCAAAAAAAUUGAUGGCCUCAUCGUGAGCCUACCGGAUGCAAGCAUGAUGAGUAGUUUGGUAGGAUGCAAGUCUCGGGGAAUUCCAUAUCUGGCGCUUAAUGCGUUGGCGGACACUAACCAGAACCAAGACAUCGUUGAGAAAUUAUCUCCCACAAGGCCUUCAGUUCCCUACGUAGGCCAGAAAGACUUCGAAAGUGGCUUCGAAGCAGGAAAAAGGUUGAUCGAGGCCGGUGUAGUACAGGGUUGGUGUCUGAUGCAUGACAAUUUUGACACGUUAAAUGAUCGAUGCGAUGGAAUGAAGGAAGCGUUCCUUGAAAACGAAAAAACGGAGUUCAUGGGAAUCAUAUAUGUACCAAACAAUAACGAUGCGUUGACAUACAAAACUUUGGUGGAAACAGCAUUUAAUCAGGACGGCAGAGGAGACGACUGGAGUGGGUAUGGUAUCCUAUCUACGGGACGAGAACAAAUCCCUUCCCUUCUUUCACUAUUGGAGGACCACCCAAAGAUCCUUGCCGGGACAUACGAUGUUGAGUCUACUCUCUAUAAAGAAAACAACGAUAGUGCUCUAAGAGAUCAGAUUAUCUUCGGAAUCGAUCAAAAUGCUUACAUGGAAGGUUAUCUCUCAGUUGCCACGAUGGUGUGGAAGACAAGUACUUCGGAGACGCACACAAUUCCCAUCUUAGAGACUGGUCCGAAUUUUGUUUCACAAACCGAUUCAUCUUCUUCCCAAGUGAUCGAGAAAGAAGAGCAUUGGCACCAACAAUGCCGGGACAAUGGAUUCCGAUUUUGCGAAUCCAGAAAGAGUGAACCUCCGCCCAUCGAGGAACGACCUCUCACAUUCACUGGCAAAUGUAGUCAACUCGAUCGAAAGUGCGGCGUCUGUGAGGGCGACUGCGAUGACGAUACACACUGCGGGGAAGGUCUUGUUUGUUUUGUGCGAGACUCUCUAACAAGUGGUGUCUCCGACCCAGUACCGGGAUGCUCUGGAAAUCCCAUUGAAUGGAGUGCGAAGGAUUUUUGCGUGGACGCUCGGCUCUACGAAUGCAAAGAUGUCGAUGUGUUCGAGGUACGAGUGGGGAAUUUUUCCGUCCAACGGACGUGCUCCUUUGUGGAAUUGGACAAGCGACGGUGCUCGGAAUACGGGAGGCUUUGCCGAGCCACAUGCGGGUAUUGCCGUAAAGAAGCACGCGAAGACGACACAACCGCAUACUGAAGCGAUUAACAGACCAACAAAUUGAAUUGUAUCAUCAAUAAACUGUAAUAUAGAUUAAAAAGCUUCCAAGAGUUCCAUAACCCAGUCAUGUGGAGAACUUAACAAGGUGGUCAACAAUGAUCUACGAAGUGACAAUUUUUGCGUCAUUCUGGGCUACUGCACUUGUUCUGACUAAGAAUUCAUCGUUAUGAAAUUCUAUCAUUUACCAACUCAUUCUGGUAUUCAAUUACGAGCUUCGAAAUUGUUAAAUUUGAGCCAUGAAUAAUUAAUAUAGAAAAGA